GGCAAAUUCAAAUUCGUAAGAUCGAUUAGCAACAACUAGAUCAUCAAACAACAACACAUCUAUAGCAUAACAAUUACAUUAGACAAUGGCAGUGGUAUCAAUAAGCAAACCAUAUGUUCAUGAAGGUGGGAUAAGACCAUAUUUUGAACAACAGAUUGAAACCACUGAGAUCAAGAUCCAACAAACCGCUCAAAAUUUAAGAAGAUUAGAAGCUCAACGUAAUAAAUUAAAUAAUAAAGUUCGACAAUUAAAGGAUGAAUUAAGAUUAUUACAAGAACCAGGAUCAUAUGUUGGAGAAGUGGUUAAAGUGAUGGGAUUAAAAAAAGUCUUAGUUAAGAUUCAUCCUGAAGGGAAAUAUAUUGUUAAUAUUAGUCCUGAUAUUGAUAUUAAGAAAUUAACUCCAUCUAUUAGAGUUUGUUUAAAAGCUGAUUCAUAUGAUUUACAUAAAAUCUUACCUAAUAAAAUUGAUCCAUUAGUAUCAUUAAUGAUGGUGGAAAAAGUUCCUGAUUCAACUUAUGAUAUGGUUGGUGGAUUAGAUAAACAAAUUAAAGAAAUUAAAGAAGUUAUAGAAUUACCAGUAAAACAUCCUGAAUUGUUUGAAAGUUUGGGUAUAGCUCAACCUAAAGGGGUUAUACUUUAUGGACCACCAGGUACUGGUAAAACCUUAUUAGCCAGAGCAGUUGCUCAUCAUACUGAAUGUAAAUUUAUUAGAGUUUCCGGUUCAGAAUUAGUUCAAAAAUAUAUUGGUGAAGGGUCAAGAAUGGUUAGAGAAUUAUUCGUCAUGGCAAGAGAACAUGCUCCAUCUAUUAUAUUCAUGGAUGAAAUUGAUUCUAUUGGUUCAUCAAGAGUGGAAGGUUCCAGUGGUGGAGAUUCCGAAGUUCAAAGAACCAUGUUGGAAUUAUUAAAUCAAUUGGAUGGGUUUGAAAGUUCUAAAGAUAUUAAAAUCAUUAUGGCCACCAAUAGAUUGGAUAUUUUAGAUCCAGCUUUAUUAAGACCAGGUAGAAUUGAUAGAAAAAUUGAAUUCCCUGCUCCAACCGUGGCUGCCAGAACCGAUAUUUUAAAGAUUCAUUCCAGAUCGAUGAAUUUAACCAGAGGUAUCGAUUUACGUAAGAUUGCUGAUAAGAUGAAUGGAUGUAGUGGUGCUGAUGUCAAAGGGGUUUGUACUGAAGCAGGUAUGUAUGCUUUAAGAGAAAGAAGAAUCCAUGUUACUCAAGAAGAUUUCGAAUUAGCUGUGGCUAAGAUUAUGUCUAAGAAUGAUGAAGGUGCUGUGUCAUUAGCUAAGUUAUUUAAGUAGUUGACUAUUUACAAUUAACCAAAAUAUAUACACAAACAA